CAAAACAGAGGGAAAUUUGAUCCAACUUUGGAAAACUUUGAAACAGCUCGUGAAAAAAAUUAUUUGAAAGUAUGGCCGAUAAAAUUAUUGCCGCGGGUGUUAUCUUACUGUGUGCAACAAUGUCCCGUGGGGUACCCUUGAUGGGAGUUGACAGCAAGACGACGGCUAGAGUCGCCAGAAGCGAAGCCACUCAUCUUCUGCCAUUUUUGAUUAAAACGCAUGAAGAAUUUGAAAAGCAGAACUUUAAGAAUCAAGACUAUGACCACCAUGUCCUCCUGAAAGGAAUCAAACAAGUGACUAACUUUGAGACCUUGUCUGUAAGUAUAUCAGAAUAUGUAGACACACAGAUAAAGAAUCGUUCGUUAGUAUUUACGAAUCAUCAUAAAAAAUCCUACAAGCUCUAG